CCAUCCAUUUUCCCUCUCAAAAUACCCUGGAAUCUGAGCUGAUUAGGAAAAAGCAAAGCCGACCAGGUGUUUGCAAAAAUGCUGACGAGAAAUUCCGUUUCUAAAACCCUGCAACCCACCCCCGUGCGCAGAUCUGCAAGGCUUCGCAAUCUAAAAACUUCCAUAAAAUCAAAAGAUUUCAAUAAACAAAAGGUCCAAUCCAAGGAAAACCCCGCUCGCUCUAAAGUUAAAAUUUCCAGGAAUCCGAUAAAAUCAAGUAGUGUUUCAGCAAAUUGUGUGAAUUCAACGAAUGGGUUGCGAAGAUCCCCAAGAUUGAACAGUUUAUUAAGUGAGCUUUCGACAAAUUGUGUGAAUUCUACGACUGGGUUGCGAAGAUCUCCAAGAUUGAACAGUGUAUCAAGUGAGCUUUCAACAAAUUGUGUGAAUUCAACGACUGGGUUGCGAAAAUCUCCAAGAUUGAACAGUGGGUCUUUGUCUAACAAGCCAGAGGGAAACAAAUUUGUCGCGACAAAGAAGGUUGAAUCUAGGAAAAACAAUUUAAGGGGGGGAUUGUUGAAUGAAGAGAAAAGGGAAGAGAAGAGAAAGGAAAGGGAAAUUUGUGUUGAUUUGAAAGCAGUUAUCAUGGAAGGGAGAGAAAGUGAAAGAAGAGAAGUUUAUAAAAGAAAUGAAGAUGUUGGGGUUAAGGGAAAGAGAAAGAGGAAGCCUGACGAGGGAGGUGAUGCGAUUUUUCAAGGUUGGACAAGGGAGCAAGAAUUGGCUUUGCAAAAAGCCUAUUUUUCAGCCAACCCAACACCUAAUUUUUGGAAGAAGGUUUCAAAGCUGGUGCCAGGAAAAUCUGCACAGGAUUGUUUUGAUAAAAUCCAUUCUGACCAUUUAACUCCAACUCAACCCCAGCCUCGGUCAAGGGCGAAAAGAAUAAACUUGUCGCCCAUUGAACAUUUGUCGUUCUCUGCAAGCAAAUUGCUUAAACCCACUGCACCUAGGAAUAAAAGGUCAAGUUGCAUUAAACAGAAAAGCCAUCUUGUACAGAAAAAAAUAGUGAGACAUUUGUUGCGAAAGCACUAUCAUGUUGACCAAGGUGAUAAAGUAGAUCUAUUCUCCAUUCUUGAGCCCAACACAAGUCCAUCUAUGCAUCCUCUACCAAAUGUUAUGCUUUCUACCCCAAAUAAUUUAUUGGAAAAACAGAGAUUUCUCCAGAAGUGUCAUGAGAGAUCUUCUGUUUUUAAGAAGCACCACUCGAAACUUAGUAACUCUUGUUCAGGAGCCCUGAUUAGUCCCCCAGUGUUGAAGCCGAUUAAAAAUAGGGCCUUACAUGAGAAGUACAUCAACCAGCUACAUAGCAGGGAUGCUAAGAGAAAAGCGGAAUCUGUACGAGCAGAAAAAGAAGUACUUGGAAAGGAGAAUAGGGGAUCUAAUCAAAUUCAGAAAAUAGAUAAGGUUAGAGCAGCAAAAAAUGCAUUGGUUUCUGAUGCAAGAUAUGUUAUUAACCAGCUGCAACAUCUACAGACCAAUAGUGUUGAUAACUCUUUGGAUUUUGAUAACCAUGAUUAUGAUGAUGAUGAUGAUGAUGAUGAUGAUGAUGAAGGUGAAGUUAUGCUUUAACAAAUUUUUUUAGUUGUAUAAAAUCAGCUAUAACUAGCAUGCUAAUUGUGGCUGUCAUAUGUAGCUGCUGACUCUUGACCGUGUUGUUUAGCCUCAUCUCAACUUUGUGAACUCUAUGUUGUAAAUUUGUUUCUAAUGAUAAUCUCAUUUUUUGUCUAACUUUUUCAGCAACGAGAUUGUUGGUUUAUGGUUAGUAUGAGGAAGGGUUUGUGGUAGAUGUUAAAGUUCCCAUAGCUGGCGUUUCACAUGUUAUCGUUUUGACAAAUGGGAGAAUGGUAAAAACAUUUGCAUUCUACUAAGAAGAAUUGUGUACUAUGUAAAAGGAAAUUUAGAAGAAAACAAAUAAAAAAGAGAGAGAGAAUUGAAGUUUAGCAAAUGGGAACAAAUUAUAGCUACAAGUAUACUAUAAUGUUGAUAUUGUUUUACAGAAACCUUAUUGAUUUGCCCCAAAGAAGAGAAUAAACAGAAUAAGCAAAGCAAAAUAAUUAACUUAACCAGCCCUGUUCUUCAUUGGUGGUCAGGUCACAUAGAGUGUUACCUUGGCUGAGUGUAGUAAGAACAAAAGAUAAAGUGAAGAAGAUAAGAAAAAAGAGUUGAUCAUAGUUCAGGGAAAAUAUAACAGAUAGCAGUAAAGGCACACUCCUUUCUUCAAAGAAAGGGAUAACCAACCGUAGUGAAAUUUUAAACAUGUCACUGCAUCUAAAGUCUAAGGUUGCAUAUAUGGAAUUUUAGACGGUAGCAAUCUUCUUCCCUGAUCAGUUAAUUCUAAUGCAGAUUGCAGGUAAACAUCAGCAACUUAUAGUAUUUUUAAGAAAGUUCAUCAUCAAACUUAAGAAUCACUAAAAAUGGAUUCCUUUUCAGCCCUUGUCUAAUAUGUUCUUGGUAGACUGUUUCAGAAUGACAGGGUCUUAUUCUGUGAAAAUGCUUUGAUAUUUGGUUUAAAUGCCAUGUAUAGAAUGUAUGUAUUUUGGCUGCCACUGGAAAUCAUGCUACUGGUAUUUACUAUUUCUGUGAGUAACCCUUAAAGCAUGAUGUCGAAAAGAUUGUGACACAGUUAAGACUGCAAAAGAUAUUACUUGUAGUUCUAGUUUCUGGCUUCUACAACAAGGGAUUCUGUAUAUUGUUAUUGCUGUUGCUAUGCCUCACAAAUAUUGUUGAACUGGGCCAGUAUCCUGGUUAUGGUCUUCAUGUCUUUUAUAGAAUCAUUUCUCCCUGCACGAAAGUCCUUUUCUGUAUGAAGUGAGCUAAAACUUCCUCAAAUAGUUAAAAAAUCUAUGAAAUAUUCUAGCAAAGCCAAAGGCCCCUAAAGCUGUAGAUGCAGCCAAACGAAAGCACGACCCAAUGCACCCACUAGACAAAUUAUAUGAUAUCAACAAACAUUUUAGGAUUGGUUGUGUUCAAAUAAUUUGAGAUAACUUGCCUGGCUGACAAUGCACCAAAAUUUCACCAUUAUUAGUUCAAAGCCUUUGUUUGAUUUGCAUUAUUGAUGAAAGUGUAAUUACAAAACUAAGCUUAGUAAAUAAAGGGGUUGUAAUCUGUUCCCAAUUGAAGUUGCUAGCCAAAGUUAAGUCAUGGUUGGAUUAUCAUAGUUUUCCAAAACUUUUGAACUCUCUAUUUUGGCUAAUCAUCUUGUGAUAGGCUUAUGGCCCAAAUUUGUAUGCAUAUUUUUCACUUAAUUUAGCACCCAAUGUUUUCAUGGAGUUUUAAGACCUCGAAGGAAACAUGCUAAGAAGAGGCUUGACUAGUGAACCACGAAGGCAAUGAGACUUUGGUUCAGUGGCAAGAAAGAGCCUCUAAAAUCUUAAAAUCUUAG